GGAAGUAGCAGUGAAAUUGCAGCAAGCGAAACAACUGCCGCACAACCCGAUUCUCUCGUCCCUGCUGACGUCAAUUCCACUGCCAGAGAGCUAUUGGCACAGACAUCAACCGAUGCCACCAACACACCAUGGACUUUUACGACUGAAAAUUAUUCCCCGUGGAGGGUGGCAGGCAAAAAACCAAAUGCAACUACAACACCGACUCCAAUGAAUUUUCCAACGUGUGCCCCGGUGUGCAACAAAAAUACGACAUUGUUUGGUCUGGAUGGAACUUUGAAGGGUUACAAAUUUUGUUAUUGUUAGAUGCGAGUAUUUAUUUAAUUUCAGACAUGUCAUCAUACGGAAUUUGGGUGGAAAUGUGCGGAAAGCUCUACCUCUUCGGCAGGAGAUUCAUUAACUGGGAGCACAAUGUAGAGCAGUGCUGCCAGCUGGGAAUGACUCCGAUUAAUUUGGAUCUCGAUGCAGAUUUCAAAUGCGUUGCUUCUUUGACGUCUAAUGACGACUACAGGAAUAGAAUCAGCAGAUUUUACUGGACUUAUGGCUUGAGGAGGUCAGAAAAUGCUGACUCGUCUUACUUCUGGUGCAAUACCGGAAACAACAUCACCAAAAAUUGGGCUGGCGGAGAACCGAACUAUAAAGACAAAUCGGAAAACUGCGUGCGAAUGGAGAUGAUCAGAGGAGACAGAACUGUCAGACUCUCUGACGUCAAAUGCUCAUCAAUAAGUGUAUUUGCGUGCCAGGGACCGAAAAUCCCAACACCGUGCACCUCGCCAGUUUGCCCUAAUUAUAUUUGCGAAAAGAAGGCAUCCAUUUAUAAAACACUAGCAGACAAAGCAACAAGAUACAUGAUUAAUCAGCAUCAGCAGGGGAUUUGGAUUAAAAACUUGACGCGUGUCAUCAUGAUAAGCUUUCCGAAUGAUACAAAAACUUAUGUAGACUCGUUUUCUGCGUGUUGCGCCGUCGGAUUGAAGCUGCUCAGCCUGCACCAGGAUUUGAUGUUCUCCUUUUUGGUCGGCGCUUUUAAAAGGGCAGGAAUAUCGGGCGAAAAAUUCUGGACGUCGGCGACUGACGCUGGUUGCAAAUACAACUUUGGCUUUUGUUCCACGAAAAGACUCUUGCGCGAUCAUACCAGGUGGGCGAAAGGACAGCCUGAUCUUUCAGUAGCAAACGGAACUUGUGUUGCCGUAACACCUGAUGGUCUUUUGCAUGACGAACUCUGCACUAAAAAAAUGAGAUACGUUUGCGAUGGAAGAGUUCCAAAAUCGUCACUGUUUGAUUCUGUUGAGAGAGAAUGCGCGCAGGAGUUCAAUUUUACGGAGAGCGAAGUGAAGAUUUUUUUGAAUUCAACGCCGACUGAUUUAAGAGCUAAAUGUUUCUUAAAAUGCUAUGGCGAGGGAACAGGACUGUUUGAAGACGGAAAUUUAGCAGAGGACAAAAUUUUCGCCAAUUUUCAGAGAAUGACGCUGGACAACAUAGCGCAAUUAAUGGAUAUGUCCAAUACCAUGGAUUUCUGCUCCAAAUCAGCGAAGGGCAUGGAUCCUUGCGAUAAGUCCUCCAGUCUUCUCAGUUGCGGUCAAGAAAACUCGCCAGAUUCGUUUGGGGAAUUCGUGGACACAGUCGAACUAUCUAUAACGGAGUCGCCUCUCAUUCUGACACCAGAAGAGGGAGUCUGUCCUGAAUAUGACUGCGCCGUUCAGGCUGGGUCCAGAGCCACUGUUUUGAAUGCCAAGAAUUUCACGAAAACAACACUCUCCGGAACUUUUGCUUUCCAAAUGACCAAAGUUUGCAACAAGAAAUUCGCGGCAUUCGAAACUGGUUUGCCGCGAUUCAUGAGAGAUAAUCAUGCAAUGUGCUGUCAAUACGGAAUGCGACUGGCGACAGUUGACACAAAGGAAAAGUACGACUGCAUGAUUCGGGGUCAAAUCACUUCAAAACUCAGCGCUGGAAAAUUUUACGCCGUAGCUGCAUCGCGUUUGGGCAAGCUGGACCGGCCCUCUUGGUGCUUCUCGAACGCCGAAUUCGACUUCACUCUCGGAGCGAACUCUUUUACCACUAACACGGCUGAAACUAACUAUGCCAUAACUUUUAGCUUUGAGAGACCUGAAAUGCAGGCUGUGGAAAGAGUCUCUAAUUUCUUGUGUGAAAUAUGAAUGCAUAAAAGUUUUAUAAUUUUUGGGUUUUCACAUUUGGGGAAGUUCAUAUUUCUGUUAUGUUAAAUGAUUUGCAUGCUGCAUAAAUUUAAAGUUUUGUUUUAUCAUUGAAUAUCACGUGUUUGCCUCUAUAUGAAGCGGUGUUACGGGUUCACUUACAAAUAAAUUUCAUUCGUGUAUAUAGAAUGAAGAUUUUUAAAGUUUUGAGCAGAAUUAUUAAUGUAGUUUUUG